ACUUUUUCGACUUGAAUUAAUGGGGAAUAUACAUACAGUGGGGCCCAGUGAAGCCCUUGUUAUUUCCGGUGGAUGCUGUGGAGCUGCGAAAGUGCGUACAAUAAUUGGUGGGUGGGGUUGGGCUUGGUGGCUUGUCACUGAGGUUCAAAAAAUUUCUCUAGGAGUUAUGACUCUAAAUCCAGUCUGCGAGAACGUGGAAACAUCAGAAGGUGUUCCUUUAACUGUGACAGGCGUGGCACAAGUCAAGGUGAUGCGGGAUGACAAACUGCUUGAGGCAGCGUGUCAACAAUUUUUAGGGAAAAAACAACGAGAUAUUCAAAACACUAUACUUCAAACGAUGGAAGGACAUUUAAGAGCUAUACUUGGCACUUUGACAGUGGAAGCCAUCUAUCGUGAUCGCGAUCAGUUUGCUGCUCUUGUUCGAGAGGUGGCAGCACCAGAUGUAGGACGAAUGGGAAUUGAGAUAUUAAGUUUUACCAUAAAAGAUGUUUAUGAUCGUGUGGAAUACUUAAAUUCUCUGGGACGUGCACAAACAGCGAACGUCAAAAGAGAUGCUGACAUCGGAGUUGCUGAAGCAGAACGUGAUGCUGGAAUCAAGGAAGCAGAAUGUGAUCGUUGUCGUUUGGACGUUCGUUAUUCAGCCGAUACGCAUAUUGCUAAUUCAAGUCGUGAAUUUCAAUUGAGGAAGGCUAGUUUUGAUCAAGAGGUUAAUACAGCUCGUGCAGAAUCUGAAUUGGCCUAUAAAUUACAGGCUGCUAAAGAGAGACAAAAAAUUCGAAAAGAAGAAGUGAACAUUAAUAUUGUUGAACGUCGUAAACAAAUUGAAAUAGAAGAAAAAGGCAUAUUAUGUACUGAAAAGAAUAUGGAUGCUACUGUACGACGUCCAGCUGAAGCAGAAGCUUAUAGACUACAACAAAUAGCUGAGGGUUAUAGAUCACAAAAAAUUCUUUUAGCUCAAGCUGAGGCCGAUGGUAUUCGUCUUAAAGGUAUUGCUAAAGCUGAAGCUAUGGAAGCUGUUGGACGGGCAGAAGCUGAGAGAAUGCGUUUGAGGGCUGAAGCUUAUAGUAAAUACGGUGAUGCUGCUAUUCUAAAUCUCAUAUUGGAUACAUUACCGCAAAUAGCUGCUGAAGUUGCUGCUCCACUGAGCAAAACUAAAGAAAUUGUUAUUAUGAAUGGUUCUAAUGGCGAACCGGCUACUUUACAAAGUCUCACUAAUCUGGGCAAAGAUUUUACUACAUUAGUUGGGACUGUUCCACAUGCUAUUCGAGCUCUAACAAAUGUUGAUCUUAGUCAGACUAUUUCCAAGAUUCCAGGAGCUAAAGUUGUCCCACCGCAAGGGAUAUGACAUUGUGUAAAAUAUACGAAUCAAGCAUCGAAUAUACUUAUGUUUUUGAAAUCAUUUUCAUUUUCAUAAAAAUGACCUAUCCUAGUAUGUUCUCUUUUAAAUACAGUGCACCUCCCAACAGACUUUUUUCCUGCGAACUGUUAUAUGUGAUAUACAAGAUAAAUUAACUUUACUGCUUUUCGUUCGAUUUCGGCAUUUCUACUUUCUUUUCCAACACUGAUUUAAUGUCUCUUUCCAUAAUUUAUCAGUAACCUUGUCUAUAAUAGUUCCUUUGAUAAAACGAUUCUGUUUCGCUUUAAUUUCAAUUAGUGUUGUACAUUUAACAAUUUUCUAAUGGUAAUUCGUACUUAUUCUGCAUAGAGAAGUUGCGUAUUUGUAAAACUGAUUUUUUAAUUGUGUUUCUAUAUUGAUAAUUUUGGUCUAGAAAACCACCAUUGUUUCAUUCUGUUCUUUUUGUUCUUCCUACUUUGUGAAUUUGGCUUGAAACCAUUUAAAUUUUGCGGUCUACACUUUUUUUU